AUUGAAACACACAGCACACACAUUUAUAUUGGCCUACAAUUUUCUUAGACUUGUAAGGAAUCAUGUAGAAGAAAAAAAAAGUUGUUAUCAGUAUGUUACGUCUGUUUUCUUCUUGUCGUUUCACGGAACAGGUCUGCGAGAUAUCGAUAGAGAGUGUCUUCUACAAUUACAGAUCGAUUUAUUAACGUUUUAGUUGUAAGUAGGCCUACCGUUAGGAGAGUGAACAUGGAGGACUUGGAUUUAACGAUACUAUUGGCCUGUUUAGGGGCUGCUCUUUUUAUAAUAUUACUUUUAACUCUAUGUCUGCUAAUAAAGUACAAGAAAAUAAAGCUUUGUUGUCAGUAUUUCAAACAAGCCUCUGAAGAUGUUGAAAAUCAGAUUCUGCCCAAUCAUCCAAUCCCAGCGACACCCCCUGUGCGACCAAGGAUUGAACGACCAAGGAUUGAACGUAUCUCUGCAGCCAAUUUACUAUGGAACCAGAACACAGCCACACGACCUUCCGUUGAUUGGGAUCAGUUUCAUGACGUGACAUUCCCUCAAAUUACUACACGGCGUUUUGGCAGGGAAAGAGACCCCGAUAAAACUAUAGACCUCCACCGUUACACUGUAAGGGAGGCUAUCUUUCUUGUCAAGGAUUAUUUACGCUUAAAACAAAACGAUUAUAAAAACAGUUGCUACACUGAAAACCACAGGUAUAUCAACAUUGUAACUGGGCGAGGCCUGCACAGUAAAGAUGGCAUUCCCAGAAUCAAAUUGGCAGUGAAUCAAUAUCUGGAGGAUAAAGGCUAUAAUUUUCAGUGGGUCAAUGCUGGUGGUAUGGUGAUUGUUGAUCUAGCAUCCACAACGAGAGCCCAAAUAUAAGCCAUUGAAGCCUUAACACUAAUUGGCCGUGAAGAAGAUACACAAGACAUGUUGUGUUUGUGAUGGCAGCUACACAAUUGAUUAAUGUACAGUUUGUUUUUUAGCGGCCCCCGAAAGGGGAAAAGACGCUAUUAGUUUUGUGCCAAAUGUCUGUCAGUCUGUCCCGUUUAGAUCUCGUAAACUAGAAAAGAUAUUGAAAAUCCGAAAUCACAAUAUUUUAGACCAUUCAAAGUUCUGAUGCAACGGCUACUUUUUUUUCCUAAAAGCGAAAAAUCUAGUUUUUAAAAUCUGUUUUGCAAGCAGUUUUUUAAAGAGAAAAAGCUAUUUAGUAUACAUUAUAAGUUAGACCUAAUUUAAAACGAAUAGUAAUCUUGUAAACUUCAUUCUCCUGAAACUUUUUUCUAUUAGCGGAAAUCUUUUUUUUUAAGGAUACGAAUAAGUGAUUAAGCAUUUUCAAAACAAUUACAUUAAUUAAAAGACUUCAGUUAGGCCAGGAGAGGCGCGGUAGCUGAGCGAUAAAUCGCUUGGCUUCCGAACCGAGGGUCCCGGGUUCGAAUCCUGGGAUUUUCAACUUCGGAAUCCUUGGGCGCCUCUGAGUCCACCCACCUCUAAUGGGUACCUGACAUUAGUUGGGGAAAAGUAAAGGCGGUUGGUCGUUGUGUUGGCUACAAGACACCCUCGUUAACCGUAGGCCACAAAAACAGGUGAGCUUUACAUCAUCUGCCCUAUAGACCACAAGGUCUGAAAGGGGAACUAGUUAGGCCAGGUUCACAUCUAACUUUGCAUUCACUUGCACCUAUCCUUUGAUCUGCUGGUACUACACAAGAUCUGUCAACCUUCUUUCUCCAUUCUUAUCUCUCAUUUGUCUUUGAUAUAAUUUCAUUUGGAUGUUCUUUCUGAAAAUAUUGAAGCCUGCCUGGGUGGACCACUUCGGGGGCCGAUUUUGAGUUUGUUUCCACACAAACUGUCUUUGUAACCUUGUUAACUUUUGAAUGAGUUUCAUCUAAAUGGUCUCUUAAAGUCAAUUGGAGUAAAGAUUGCAAAACAAAAUUAAUAAUUUAUAUUUUAUUCAUUUAUAUUACAUUGUGAAAUCUUAUCUUAUAUAAUACAGAUGUUACUUAAAAAAAAGAAGAUGAUUACGUCCUUCGCGUCAUGCAUUCAGUCAUGCAUAAUAACCAAUGACUUAAAUUCUGCCAAGUCACUGGUUUUCAAAAAUAUAGAUGAGAAUUUUCUUCAAUUCCUGUUUUGUAGAGAUAGUUUUAAAAAAAAACACAUUUUCAACUUUGAAUUAUGUAUUAAUAUAUGUUUAAAGUCAACAUAACAUUUCAUAUAUUGAAAUUAAUUUUAAAAACAUUGACAUGGGAUGUCACACAUUGAUGUGUAAGCCAGAAGAGAAAGACAGUCGCUCAUUGCGCAAACCAACCAAGAGCUGGCUUGUCACGCCUUAGUGUGCAACUGGAGAAAAGGGCUGACCAGGCUAUUCAGUCACUUUGUGGGUUUAUGCAAAAGGAAAAAGAAGUUGUUUACUGCUAAACUGAAUCAUCUUUAAAAACCUUAAAGAAAUAUUGAAGUAAGUUAGACAUAUUUAGAAAAGAUGGUAGGUAAAGAUACAAGUUUAAGAAGGUUGAAAAGAAGACGAACAAUGACAUAAACAAUUCAGCAAAGUCUUAGCACACUACUGUAUAAGGGACAAAAGAGCUAGAUAUCUAGCCAUUGUUCCAAGUAUUCUGUGAUGGAUUAAUCAUCAGUAUCUUCACCGUGUUUUAUUGAUUCACCAAUAAUACUUUAUGUCAGUCAAGUUAUUCUAUUUGUACAAGAGAUUUUUAUUUUAUUGUUUGUUUGUCACUGGAUUACUUGUUUUAUUGAACUGAGUUUGAAAACAAUAAACUCAAAUAAAAUAUAUUCAA